GCCGGCGGAGCAGCGCGGCAGAGAUAGAGGCAGAAGUUAACUUCCACCUGCCCUGAAGCCGCUGCUGCGCCGGCGGGAGGAGGCGGGGGCGGAGGCGGAGGCAGGCGGGGCAGCAGAGGACCCGGCUCUGGCAGCCUCCGAGGGUCCGGCUGGGUGCAAUUCCCCCCUAAUCCCCGCCACGGCGGCGCUUCUCUGGCCGAGCCAUGUCUGCGGCUUCCCCGCCAUGCCGAGCCUAGUGGAGAGCGGGAGGACUGGCGGCCGAGAGGCGCACAAAAUGAAGACCCUGAUGCGCCACGGGCUGGCCGUCUGCCUGGCUCUCACCACCAUGUGUACCAGCUUGUUGCUCAUGUACGGCGGCAUCGGCGGCAGCGGGGGCCACCCGGAGCCGCGGCGGCGGCAGCAACAGCAGCGGGUGGCGGCGGUGCCCAGCCGCCCGCCGGGACGCGGCCAGGACCACCCGGCGAUCCCCGUCGGGGCUGGUCUCCUGGAGGGCUACAUCAGCGUCCUGGAGCACAAGCCUUUAAAAAUGCACUGCAAGAGUUGCGCAUUGGUAACCAGCUCUGGACACCUGCUGGGAAGUAAACAAGGUGACAGAAUUGACGAGACAGAGUGUGUAAUACGAAUGAAUGAUGCACCUACUCGAGGUUAUGGCAGAGAUGUUGGAAACAGAACAAGCCUUCGAGUCAUCGCACACUCCAGCAUUCAGAGGAUCUUGCGAAACCGCAACGAACUCUUAAAUAUGAGCCAUGGGGCCGUGUUCAUCUUCUGGGGUCCCAGCAGCUACAUGAGGAGAGAUGGUAAAGGCUUGGUGUAUAAUAAUCUGCAGCUGAUGAAUCAGAUACUGCCUCAAUUAAAAGCGUAUAUGAUUUCCCGCCACAAGAUGCUUCAAUUUGAUGACCUUUUUAAACGGGAAACUGGGAAAGACAGGAAGAUAUCCAACACUUGGCUUAGCACGGGCUGGUUCACAAUGACUAUCGCAUUAGAGCUCUGUGACAGGAUAAAUGUUUAUGGCAUGGUGCCACCGGAUUUCUGCAGGGAUCCUAAUCAUCUUUCAGUACCUUACCAUUAUUACGAACCUCUGGGACCUGAUGAAUGCACAAUGUACAUUUCCCACGAGCGGGGCCGAAAGGGCAGCCACCAUCGUUUCAUCACAGAGAAACGAGUGUUCGAGAACUGGGCACGGACAUUCAACAUUCACUUCUUCCAACCAGACUGGAAACCAGAACCACUCACUGCAAAUCACCCCGAGAGUAAACCCGUGGUCUGAGGGAGGAAUGCACAAGACUGCGAUCACAGUCACCUACUGUAUCUGCCUUCGGGGGAUGUUGGACCUUCUUGGACAGGAAGGCAGCCUUAAAGGAGAAGGGGAACAGGAUUUGCAGCUGAUGACUGAGACAAUGGUCAGGAAGUUAUGACAAAAGAAUAGAGCAGCUCAAGAGUACUUUCUGUCAGACUGUGUAUUAAUCUAGUAUAAAAGCCUUUUUUUGGCCUUCUGACUACUUCCUGUGCGUGUAUGUGAUUUGUGGAAAAAAGCAAACUUGAGUAUCAUUAAUGGAUGGUUAAUUCAUUACAGUUUUUUAAAGUACGAUGCCACUGAAUUUUCAUAGUGAAAACUUAACGAUAUUUAUUUAAUGGAGGUUUUUAUGCAACCUAGGCCAGUAUUUUUCUAACUCACAGUCAAUGUGGUGGUUUAACUUUCAUAAUCUUUCCAAUUCAAAAUGAAUAUUGCUGAUGGUUUGAAAGGCCUAGCUUUUUAUUUAUAAAAUUUGUUUGGGAAAAUAUGAUUCUGUACAGCAUGUAAUUAAUAUUUGAUCUGGAAAUGUUGCAUUUCUUUUAAAAAUUUUGGGCUCUGUUCCAGCCUAAAGCCUUUAACAGCAAGAGUGGUCCCAUGUGCAGAGCUGGCUAACUUUACAUUUUGACAUCUCAUGCUAAUAUGAGAACAGUAGUGAAAAUUCUGUUUGAUAUUAAUGUGCAUUGGCUGCUCUGCCAUCAAGCUGCUGCUUUUUAAUUAGGGGUGGGAGGAAGAAGGGCAAAGUUUAUCCAAAAAAUUCACUGCUUGUAGCAGCAUGCUUUUCAGUGAAGAGAUCAGGAUCAGGCUGGAGGGCUUGUGUUCUGUUUUUGCUUCUCCUAGUCCUGUGAGAGGCUGAAGCAGCAAAAACCUCCUGAGCCAACAGACCACAAAGCAGGCAACAACUGCUCCAAACAUGACCAGAUUUCUGAAAUCACGAAGACAAACUACCAGGUACUACACUAUCAGCCAUACUAGCUAAAAAGAUACAAAAAUCUCUGUCUUCCACUGUUCCAAAAUCAUCACAGAUCUCAGAGAUCCUGGAUCACAUUGAAGUUGGGAUGUGGAAAGCGCUCUAUGAGUACAAAAUGGUCCCCUUGAAAAGAGCAAAGUCAGCAGUUUCUUCAUGAAGUGCAUGGCAAGUCCCUGUGAACCAAGGGGAUGGACAAUGCUGGUGCUGUACAUGGAACCUCACAGUGUGAAUUACUGGGUUACAUUUGGCUUGUGAAUAAAGAAGAUUUCAGUUACA